CUAACUGUAAUUAACAUCAUCCAAGGCUAUGACCAAAACGGGUGAGAUUUUAGAAAAGAAAAUGGUUACCGAACCGACAAAGGCUCCCCAUUAACUCUGUAUAGUACUGAGUUCUGACGCUCACUCUCAUCGUUUCCUCUCUCAGCCAGCAAACAAAGCAACCCAAAAAACACUGCAUAUCCAAUUCUCAAAACCCUAAUUUCACCCCCAAAUUCCAAUCCAAUGGCUAAAGAGUUCAAGGUUCCGCCGGUGGCCUUCCCACAAGCCGGAAACCCCACCGCCGGAGGUCCAAACAUCCAGCAGCGACGCAUGGCUGCGCCGCCCUUCCAGCCAAACUCCGGCAUCCCCUUCAUGUCCUUUGACAUAGGCUCCGCCGCAGCGUCCACCUCAUCUGGCCCAAUCUACUCUGCACCGGGCACCGUGGGUGGCUCCGCCAACUUCGACGACGAGGAACCACUCCUCGAGGAGCUCGGGAUCCACCCUGAACAAAUCUGGAGCAAGAUCCGAUCCGUUCUGAACCCGUUCCGCGUGAACCACACUAUCCACAAGGAUUCCGAUCUAUCCGGACCGAUCCUUCUCUACAUGUCAUUUUGCCUCUUCCAGUUACUUGCCGGAAAAAUCCAAUUCGGCGUGAUUCUUGGCUGGAUCGUGGUCUCUUCGAUCUUCUUGUACGUGGUUUUUAACAUGCUUGCCGGUCGAGCCGGUAACUUGGACCUUCACACGUGCACCAGCGUGGUUGGUUACUGCAUGUUGCCGGUGGUGAUCUACUCGGCCAUGUCGCUAUUCCUGCCUCAGGGAGGGAUCGUGGCGAUUGUUGUCGCUUCGGUUUUCGUGCUGUGGGCGACCAGGGCUUCGACGGGUCUCAUCGUUUUGCUUGCGGAUGGCGGCGACGAGCACCGUGGCUUGAUAGCGUAUGCGUGUUUCUUGAUAUACAC